AUGUCUGCCGAGGUUUCCACCACCCCCGCCGCUGACAAUGUCAACGGCACCCCCGAGGCUACCAACGCCGCUGCCACCAGCGCUCCUGAGGUCACGGCUGUUGAGAGCUCUUCUCCUACUUCUCCCAACAACAACAACCAGCCUCACUCCGCUUCCCUCUAUGUCGGUGAACUUGACCCCUCCGUUACUGAGGCUAUGCUCUACGAGCUCUUCUCUUCCAUCGGCCAGGUCGCUUCCAUCCGUGUCUGCCGUGACGCCGUUACCAGACGCUCUCUGGGAUAUGCCUACGUCAACUACAAUAACACCGCCGACGGCGAGCGCGCCCUCGAGGAUCUGAACUACACCCUGAUCAAGGGCAAGCCCUGCCGUAUCAUGUGGUCUCAGCGUGACCCCGCUCUGCGCAAGACUGGCCAGGGCAAUGUCUUCAUCAAGAACCUGGACAGUGCGAUUGACAACAAGGCUCUUCACGAUACCUUUGCCGCCUUCGGUAACAUUCUCAGCUGCAAGGUUGCUCAGGAUGAGUUCGGCAACUCCAAGGGAUACGGCUUCGUCCACUACGAGACCGCCGAGGCCGCUAACAACGCCAUCAAGCACGUCAACGGCAUGCUGCUGAACGACAAGAAGGUCUUCGUUGGCCACCACAUCUCCAAGAAGGACCGCCAGAGCAAGUUCGACGAGAUGAAGGCCAACUUCACCAACAUCUACAUCAAGAACAUCGAUCCCGAUGUCACCGAAGAGGAGUUCCGCAAGAUUUUCGAGCAGUUCGGUGAGAUCACCUCCGCCACCCUGAGCCGUGACCCGGAGGGCAAGAGCCGUGGUUUCGGUUUCGUCAACUACUCCACCCACGAGAGUGCGCAGGCCGCCGUCGACGAGAUGCACGACAAGGAAGUCAAGACCCAGAAGCUCUACGUUGGCCGUGCCCAGAAGAAGCACGAGCGUGAGGAGGAGCUGCGCAAGCAGUACGAGGCUGCUCGUCUGGAAAAGGCCUCCAAGUACCAGGGUGUCAACCUCUACGUGAAGAACCUCACCGAUGACGUCGAUGACGAGAAGCUCCGUGAGCUCUUCGGCCCCUACGGUACCAUCACCUCCGCCAAGGUCAUGCGUGACUCCACCCCCGCUGAGCGUACCGAGACCCCCGACUCCGAGAAGGAGAAGGAGGUCAACAAGGAGAACGAGAAGAAGGAGGACGAGGAGAAGGCCGCCGAGGAGAAGCCCAAGGAGUCCGAUGAGGAGAAGAAGGAUGAGACCAAGAAGUCCGACAAGAAGCUCCUCGGAAAGAGCAAGGGCUUCGGUUUCGUCUGCUUCAGCAGCCCUGACGAAGCCUCCAAGGCCGUCACUGAGAUGAACCAGAGAAUGGUCAACGGCAAGCCUCUUUACGUUGCCUUGGCCCAGCGCAAGGAUGUCCGCAGAAGCCAGCUUGAGGCCAGCAUUCAGGCCCGCAACACCAUCCGCCAGCAGCAGGCCGCUGCUGCCGCUGGUAUGCCCCAACCAUACAUGCAGCCCGCUGUCUUCUAUGGUCCUGGCCAGCAGGGCUUCAUUCCUGCCGGCCAGCGUGGCGGCAUGCCCUUCGCUCCUCAGCCCGGUAUGGUGAUGGGUAUCCCUGGUGGACGCCCUGGCCAGUACCCCGGUCCCUUCCCCGGUCAGCAGGGUGGACGUGGCAUGGGUCCCAACCAGCAGAUGCCUCCUAACUUCCAGGGUAUCCCCAUGGGUGCUAUGCAGGGUCCUGGUGGCAUCCCCAACGGCAUGGGUUACCCCCAGGCCAUGGGUCAGGUGCAGUUCGGUCGCGGUGGUGGCCGCGGUCAGGUCCCCGGUAUGCCUAUGGGUCAGGGUAUGCGUGGUCCUGGCUACCAGGGCCGUGGCGGUCCUCAGGGUGGCCCUCGUCCUCAGGGUGGUCGUGGCCAGAACGCCGCUGCUCAGCCCGCCGCCGGUCGUGAGGAAGCCCCCGCUGGUGCCCUCACUGCCCAGGCUCUCAACGCCGCCGCCCCGCCCCAGCAGAAGCAGAUGCUGGGUGAGGCUCUUUACCCUAAGAUUCAGGCUCAGCAGCCCGAGCUGGCUGGCAAGAUCACUGGCAUGCUGCUUGAGAUGGACAACACUGAACUGCUUGGCCUUCUUGAGGACGAUGAUGCCCUCCGCGCCAAGGUUGACGAGGCCCUGAGCGUUUAUGAUGAGUACAUGAAGAACAAGGGCGAGGGCGAGGCCCCCGCAGAUGCCGACAAGCCCAAGGAGGCUGCCAAGGAGACCGCUACCGAGGAGAACAAGUCGUAG